AUGCCGAUCGCUCAAAAGAUUCGAGAAUUAUGGCAAGAAACAAAACAUUUCUGUCAAACGUUCAACUUAUUUCCGUCUAUACCACCUGCAGCCAACGACUACGAUUUACAAAAUCAAAAGAUAUCCACCAGAGUGUAUGUUACUUUGCUAACAAUCGUACUUAUAAUCCUAUUAAUAUACAACUCAAUAGAAACUAUUACAAAAACUAUUACGGUCAAAACGCCCAGUCUCAAUGAAUAUUUACAUUUAUAUUCCAAAUAUCCGCAGUCAUUAACAUGUCCGUGCACAGACAUAUCAAUCGAAUAUGAAAAGUUUGUUGAAGUGCAGUAUUCAUUUCAUCAAGUAUGUACAAGUGAUUUCGUCAGCGAACAGUGGAUUAAUUAUCUAAGUUCCUUUCCUGGAAAUGUUACGCUAACCGUUGACGAUUUUCGGUGGACUAGUAGUCACUCAUUUCAAACUCUACGCGCAUUCUGUGACCUGAUUGCGAAAGCUCUAUCGGAUGGUUUGGAUCGCUUCUAUGCCAGCGAAUUUCUUAGUGAGUUUGUCAUACCUUUUCAAUUGUUUCAGUCGCAAAUUCAAGCAUUAUCUGAUCAAUUUGCCUUAAAAACUCAAAAAACCUUUGUAUCAUCUUUAUCUCUUGUUCGAAACACCAUACUAGACAACACCCUGUUAACGUCCCUCCAGACAGAUUACCUAUUAUAUAUACCGAGUGCAAGUGUAUAUGCGAGUUCAUCUCCAUGGUCCUAUAANUUUCUUAGUGAGUUUGUCAUACCUUUUCAAUUGUUUCAGUCGCAAAUUCAAGCAUUAUCUGAUCAAUUUGCCUUAAAAACUCAAAAAACCUUUGUAUCAUCUUUAUCUCUUGUUCGAAACACCAUACUAGACAACACCCUGUUAACGUCCCUCCAGACAGAUUACCUAUUAUAUAUACCGAGUGCAAGUGUAUAUGCGAGUUCAUCUCCAUGGUCCUAUAAUAGUUGCAACUGUGCUUCCACGUCCACAUGUGGCUACGAAGCUCCUAUCCGUCGCUAUCCUAAUCAGACUGUGACUUUUAUUGUGCCUGGAUUCUAUAUCGGAUGUUACGUGAUCGAAUCACUACUCAAAUCCAACUUGAAGUGUUUUUAUAACCAAAAAUGUAUCACUUCAUUACAAUUCCAUUUUAGCGGCACCAUACCGUUUAAUGCUACGUCACUUAACUCAACAUCAACAACUCGGUAUUUUCAAAACUCAACAAUACAAGACCUUCUGAAUUAUUUGAUGGUAGAAGAAUGGGAUACAACAGAAAAUUAUACAAGUUACUAUGCUGAUUGUCGACCAUCACAAUGUGUGUAUACUUACACUGCAAGAAACGAUAUUACUUACAUUGUAACAACAUUGAUCGGAUUACUUGGCGGUUUGAUGACAAUUCUAAGACUUCUUGUACCACCAACAAUCAAAUUUAUUCGAAAGAAAUGCUCAUUCCGACGAAGAUCAGAAUCAGAUGAACCUGAGCAACGCAGUGUCGGCAGUUUGUUCACAAAAUUGAAGCUUUACAUUGCAACAUUCAAUAUGUUUCCAUCGAUACCACCUUCAACUAGCAAUUACGUUUUACAGAAUCAAAGAAUAUCUACAAGAGUAUUUAUCAUAUUAUUAGCAACCAUACUAGUGAUCCUGUCCAUAUACAACUCAGUAGGGACUAUUACCAAAGCUAUCACGGUCAAAACACCUACUCUCGAGCAAUACUUACAUCUAUAUGCAGCAUAUCCUCAAACAUUAACGUGUCCGUGCACGGAAAUAUCAGUCGAGUAUGCAAAGUUUAUCGAGGUGUAUUAUUCAUUUCAUCAAGUAUGUACAAGUGAUUUUAUCGGCAAAGAAUGGAUUAGAUAUGUAGCAUCAUCAUUCACUUACACAACUGUAUGGCGUUCUGACUUUCGAUGGACUGGAGCGUCCUUAUUUCGAGCUCUACGUACGAAUUGUCAGCUAAUGAACACAACUGUAUCGGACAAUUUGGAGCGAUUCUAUUCCGAAGAAUAUGUCAACGCAUUUCUUUCUCCGCCUGAAUUAUUUAGCUCACAAAUUUAUGCUUUAAGUGAACAGUUCAAAACAGCAACAAUUAGCAGUCGGCUAUUAGCUAUCUCGAUGAUGCGUGAUACGACUCAAGCCAAUGCGUUGUAUACCACACAGCUCACAAAUUUUAAUUUGCAGGGAGAAAAUGCAAACAACAUGAUAGUUUCUGAAUCCGUCGUCUAUGAUGAUUGCAGAUGCGAUAUCUCAUCAAAAUGUGUUUUACCAUCAGGUAUAUAUGACUAUCGUACUUACGCCACGCAAUUCAUGGUGCCUGGAGUUUAUUAUGGAUGUUAUGUAAUUGAAUCACUACUUCAAUCCAAUCUACAAUGCUUCUACAAUCAAACAUGCACCAAUAUCUUGACAUCGUAUUUCAGUACUAAUCUACGAUUUAAUGCAACAGCUCUUAACUCGUUACUGCCAAGUCGAUAUUCAGUGGAGUCAACAAUACAAGAUCUUGUUAACGAUUUGAUGAUGGAAGAAUGGCGAACAGUAGGCAACUAUACGAGUUACUAUGCUGGAUGUCGACCUGCACAAUGUGUUUAUACUUACACGGCAAGAAACGAUAUUAUCUAUAUUGUAACAGUGUUGAUCGGGCUGGUUGGCGGUUUGAUGACAGUAUUACAACUUCUUGUGCCGCGAUUGGUGACAUUUGUCAGGAAAGCUUGUACAUUCCGAAGAUUUAAUCGCGAUGCUAGCGGACAAUACCAAAGUAGUGUCACAGUUACAAAAGUAAAACAGUAUGCUUCAGCAUUCAAUUUAUUUCCAUCGAUACCACCAGCAGAUAAUGCUUACGAUUUACAAAAUCAAAAAAUAUCAACAAGAGUGUACAUUAUUUUGUUAGCGAUCAUACUAGUGUUCCUUUUGAUGUAUAACUCAUUAAGAACUCUCACUGAAACUGUUACAGUCAAAACACCUACUCUCGAACAAUAUUCACGUUUGUAUUCGGAAUAUUCUGAAACAAUGACGUGUCCGUGCACGAAAAUAUCAGUCAAAUAUGAGAAACUGGUUGAAGUACAUUAUUCAUUUCAUCAAGUAUGUAGAAGUCACUUCGUUAGUGAAAAAUGGAUUGAUUUCCUUGCUCUGUAUGCUUCAACUACUAAACUAAAUUAUGACGAUUUUCGCUGGACAGCGAAAUAUACAUUUCAAGCUCUGCGUGCGUUUUGUCAGUUAAUGAACACAACUAUAUCAGACAAUUUGAAGCGAUUCUAUUCCGAAGAAUAUGUCAGCGCAUUUGUUACACCUCCCGAACUACUUCAAUCACAAGUUCAAGGUUCCGUUGAACAAUUCAAAACAGCAACAAUUAACAGUCUUUUAUUAUCUCUUUCUAUGAUCAGAGAAACAACUCAUGGUAAUAGUCUGUUCUCCGGUCUUCAGAUUAAUUAUUAUCUAUAUCAAACACCAGAUAGAGAGCUGUCGCCCAUAGUGCGUAAUUACGGUAACUGUAGUUGCGCUUCGUCACUAACAUGUGGCUAUCAAUCGGCUGUACGAGAUUAUGGUAGUCAUCGUGUGAAGUUUUCUGUUCCUGGAUUCUAUGUCGGAUGUUACGUGAUCGAAUCACUACUCAGAUCCAACUUGCAGUGUUUUUAUAAUCAAUCAUGUGUCAGCACACUACAAUCGUAUUUUACCGGAGUUUUACAAUUUAAUGCAACAGCACUUGACUCAUCACUAACAAGUGAGUAUUCACAAAACUCAACAAUACAAGAUCUUCUGAAUUACUUGAUGGUAGAAGAAUGGGAUAUAAGAGGAAAUUAUACAAGUUACUACGCUGAUUGUCNAUCACUACUCAGAUCCAACUUGCAGUGUUUUUAUAAUCAAUCAUGUGUCAGCACACUACAAUCGUAUUUUACCGGAGUUUUACAAUUUAAUGCAACAGCACUUGACUCAUCACUAACAAGUCAGUAUUCACAAAACUCAACAAUACAAGACCUUCUGAAUUACUUGAUGGUAGAAGAAUGGGAUAUAAGAGGAAAUUAUACAAGUUACUACGCUGAUUGUCGACCAUCACAAUGUGUCUAUACUUACACUGUCAGAAACGGUAUUUUAUACAUAGCGACCACAUUGAUUGGGCUGCUUGGUGGUUUGAUAACAUUUCUACGACUCCUUGUACCACGAAUAGUGAAGUUCUUCGUACGCUGUGUCCUAAACCGCAAAAGGGUAGUUCCGUAUGGAAUAGAUACAUAA